UUGGCUUGAGCUGGAACUGGAAAUUGAACUGCCAUUCCAGGGACUGGAUUCGACCCCGGGCUGACGCCCGCCCCCUCCGCCUUCCAGCCAUGACGUCGUCUGCUUCUCUCCUAUGGGCCGUUGACAUCUUCGGCAGGGUCUACACUCUUUCGACGGCGGGCCAGUACUGGGAAAUCUGCAAGGACGGGCAGCUGGAGUUCAAGAGGGUUUCUGCCGUCAAGGAGUGUUGUUGGGGAAUCGCUUGUGACCAUCAGGUGCACGUCUAUGUCCACUCCAGCGACGUCCCGAUCAGGUACCAGGAAGAAACCUACGAAAACCAGCGCUGGAACCCGGUGAUCGGUUUCUGCGAGAAACUCCUGCCCAGCGACCGCUGGCAGUGGAGCGAUGUGAGCGGGCUGAAGCAUCAGAAGCUGGAGAGCUUCACGCUGCCCUCACCCCAUUGGGAGUGGGAGUCUGACUGGUACGUGGAUGAGAAUUUUGGAGGGGAGCCCACAGAGAAAGGGGGCUGGACGUAUGCCAUCGACUUUCCAGCAACCUACACAAAGGACAAGAAGUGGAAUUCCUGCGUUCGACGCAGGAGGUGGAUUCGGUACAGGAGAUACAAGGCGCGAGAUACCUGGGCAAAGAUCCCGUCCCAGGAGGAUCCCAGGCAGCUGCCGGAUCCUUUCAACGAUCUUUCAGUUGGAGGAUGGGAGAUCACCGAUGAGCCCGUGGGGCGUCUGUCUGUCUGGGCUGUCAGCCUGCAAGGAAAGGUUUGGUACAGAGAGAAUAUCUGCCAUCACAAUCCCGAAGGUUCGUCGUGGUCCUUGAUCGCAACCCCCGGGGAGGUCGUUCAGCUCAGCUGCGGCCCCUACGAUCUCCUCUGGGCGACUCUUUGGGAAGGGCAGGCGAUCGUGAGGGAAGGGAUCGACAGGAACAACCCGCGAGGGCUCUCGUGGACCGUCGUGCAGCCUCCUGUGCCGGAGAAUGCCAUUUCUCACGUGUCUGUAGGUGUGAAUGUGGUGUGGGCAGUUACCAAGGACAACAAAGUUUGGUUCAGAAGAGGGGUCAACUCGCACAAUCCUUGUGGCACCAGCUGGAUUGAGAUGGUUGGGGAGAUGAUGACGGUGAAUGUGGGGCUGAACGACCAGGUGUGGGGUAUCAGCUGUGAAGACCGAGCGGUUUAUUUCCGGCAAGGAGUCACCCCGAGCGAGUUGAGUGGGAAGGCCUGGAAGGCGAUUGUGUGCAGCCGUGAUACGGAUCGCUCUCAGACUGGAAGCUCCUCCAGUCUCCUCAGCGCUGGCUGCUUUUUCACGGAUAAUAUCAAGGAGCAAAGCGGGUCACUUUUCCGGAGCGACGGAGAUUUUCUGUCUGACACUGAGGUGCCCUCGGCCAUCACUGACCCUUGCCUUCCUAGCGUCGCUGAAGGCAGCAACGGAAACGAGGAGGCCGACCGAGCGGCGGACUUCCGGGCAGACCCAAGUGCGGAUCCUGCGCCCACCCCUCCUGAAGAAGCUAGUUCCGCUUCUGAACCAAAGCUCGCUGCUGACACGGAAGAACCUUCCUCCAGUCAGGAUUCCCACCCAGCGGAACUCCAGUGGACAAACAUCGACUUGAAGGAGGCCGGCCGGAGCCCUGCGCUUUCGGCCAGCGCCUUGGCAGAGACAUCCAGCCUGUCCUCCUUCGGCACGUUGCCACUCGGUGUGGAGGAUCGUUACGGGGCUGACGAGCAUCCCUUGUGGGCCUGGGUCUCUGGCGGAGGCUGCCUGGUGGACUUGCACACCGCCCUGAAGUGGUUCACGAUACAGUCAGGCUUAUCCUCCUCGGGUCAGUCCCUCUGUCUGUCCAUCACCCCGGCACAGACUACAGCGUGGCGCAAGCAGAUCUUCCAGCAGCUGGCGGAAAGAACCCGGCGGGAGCUGGAGAACUUCCGACACUAUGAACAGGCUGUUGAGCAGUCGGUGUGGGUCAAAACGGGCACGCUACAGUGGUGGAGAACCUGGAAGCCGUAUAAGUGGAUUGACGUCCGGGUGGCCCUGGAGCAGUUCACAGGAAAUGAUGGGACUCAGGACAGCAUCCUUUUCAUCUAUUACGUCCAGAUGGAAGAGAAGAAGUAUCUCCACGUGUUCCUCAAUGAAGUCACCAUCUUGGUUGAGAUCUUGAAUGAAGCCAAACACUCCUUCGCGCUCUACACCCCGGAAAGGACGAAGCAACGUUGGCCAAUCCGUCUGGCAGCUGCCACAGAACAGGAAAUGCACGACUGGCUGGCUCUGCUGAGCAUGUCCUGUUGUGAAAGCCGGCGGAUCAAGGGACCUCCAUCUCCUCAAGCCAUUUGGUCAGUGACCUGCAAGGGGGACAUCUUUGUCAGCGAACCCACGCCUGCUGAGGCAGCAGCUCACCCCAUGCCCUGCGACCAGAUGUUCUGGCGACAGAUUGGGGGACAUUUCCGAGUGAUUGAAUCCAACAGCCGUGGAAUAGUGUGGGGCGUGGGGUACGACCACACCGCCUGGGUUUAUACUGGAGGAUACGGAGGUGGUUUCUUUUCAGCCUUCCUCUCUCGCCCACGAGGGGGUGGCGGAGGGCAGGGGCUGCCGACCGAUCGGUACAUGUGGAGCGAUGCAUCUGGCCUGCAGGAAUGCACAAAGGCAAACACCAAGCCUCCGUCGCCACAGUGGUCGUGGGUGUCUGAAUGGGCCAUCGAUUUUAGCGUUUCAGGUGGAACCGACCGUGAAGGCUGGCAGUACGCGGCUGACUUUCCAGCGUCUUAUCAUGGACACAAAACAAUGAAGGACUUUGUCCGGCGGAGGCGGUGGGCCAGGAGAUGUAAGAUCAUCACCAGCGGCCCUUGGCUGGAAGUCCCCCCCAUAGCCUUAUGGGACAUCUCCAUCAUCCCCGAGUCGCCCGCCACCCAAGAGGAAUGCGUCGCUCUCUGGGCCAUCAGCAACAAGGGAGACGUGCUCUGCCGGCUGAACGUCACUCCUCAGAAUGCGGCUGGAUCUUCUUGGCUGCAUGUGGGGACCGACCAGCCGUUCAUCUCGGUAUCCAUCGGAGGGUUCCACCAGGUCUGGGCGGUCGCUCGAGAUGGCUCCGCAUUCUACCGUGGCUCGGUCUCAUCAAAGAAACCAGAAGGGGACUGCUGGUACCACAUACGUGCCCCUCCAAAGCAGAAGUUAAAACAAGUUUCUGUCGGACGAACCGCCGUGUUUGCAGUAGAUAAAAACGGUAACCUCUGGUAUCGUCAAGGAAUCACACCAAACUACCCGCAGGGAUCCAGCUGGGAACACAUUUCCAACAAUGUCCGGAAAGUUUCCGCUGGGCCUUUGGACCAGGUCUGGGUGAUCGCCGACAAAGUGCAGGGGAGCCACAGCCUGAGUUGCGGAACCGUCUGUCACCGGACCGGAGUCCAGCCGAUGGAGCCCAAAGGGCUGUCCUGGGACUACGGCAUUGGGGGAGGAUGGGAGCACAUUAGCAUCAGAGGGAAUGCUACCGAAUUCUCCAAAAAGACAUCCCGGGAAACCACGGCAGAACAUCCGGUUGAACCCACUGGUUCCGAAGCUGGAGAGAGUGAAGGGAGAGGCGACCUUCCGCAGUCCACCCUCUUGGUGGAGGAAGACGCCUUGGUGGACAGAAAUGCCGUUCAGUGUUAACGGGCCUUCGUUCGAGAGAGACCGGCCAUGGCAUGAUCUUCCCCUCCUGCCUUCCUCUAUUUCUGCCCGCCCCAGGUAACGUGAAGGUGUGGCCGAGCCAUGCGGAACACCCGUCUGAACGCUCGGUCUCUGCGCAGAGAGGGAAGGAUGAGAAACCAUUGCUACUAGCGAACGACAAUGCGAACGGCCGAGGGCUGU